CUCUUACCUUAAAAAAACCCAACCAUCUCGCUGAUCGAAUAACAAUGCAGACACAAGAAAUAUCAGACGACUCUAUAAAAGCCGUUAAGACGCCUCUUAAACCUACAGAAAGACCACCAAAAACAUCUUUUAGAACAUCAUCUACACCAUCUUCAUGUUCAAGUACAUCCAGAGCGUUAACAACGCCGGCACGUCGUUCAGCAACUCGCGUUCCCUUUCAAAAUAUGUCUUUAAAUGAAGAACUUGAAAGAAACUGCUGUGAUACACAGAAACGAUUGUUAUCAACACCAGCACUUCGGGUUGCACGGCCCUUAAGGCCUCGAGGAACACCGGGUACAGGAAGUAGUGAAGCAAAGAAUGGGAGAAAUAACGGGAGUUUGGAUGUUUUAUGUGAGAAGAAGAAGCAGGAAAGACGUGAGAAACAAAACAGAAUAAGUUAUGUUGGAAGGACGCUGCAGAAAAACCAAACACCGCAGCGUAUAAAGAGAUCAUCGGUGAUAACGGGUGCAGGACACUCAACAGGAGAAAAAGGAACAUUUCAUAUAAAUCCAGGCAAGGAAAAGGACAAAGAAGAAGUAAAAGAAGGGAGGGAAAAGCAUGUGAGGGCAAGGAACUGUGUAAAUACGCAAACGAAAACACAAAUGAAAACAUAUGUGUCUCCAACGAAUUUACAAAAGAAAUCGGCUAGUAAAGGGGAGAAAGAAAUGGAUAAUAAGACAAAUAAUAUGAAGGAAGGAUUUUCUACGCCUGUCAAAUCGAAAAAGCAGAGUUCAAACGAUACGAAAUUAGAAGAUUUUCUAUGUAAUAAUAAAAAAACAAAUAUUGUGAAUGAAUCAACGUUUAAAUACAAGGAAAACUAUUCAUUAGAUGAAUCUGGUAUGCGUGUUUUAGGUACACCAGAAUCAUACACGAAUACAUGUCAGGUUGAUGAUAAAACAUAUAUAUAUCAGCCUAUGUUUUUAACGGCGAAAUUGAGCAAUAUGAGAAUUACAACACCAAGUCAUUGUCGUGAUAUACUUGUUCCAAUUACAAGUGAUUAUACAUCAAGUGAUUCGGAAUCGGAUUAUGAAGCUAUGGAUAAAGAUACAGAUAAGCUUUUUCAAACUAUACCAAAUUCAUCAUUGAAUUCGUCUGCAUUUAUUAAGUCAAAGCCACUAGGACAUGUUACCGCGUAUUUAGAUAUUAAGGCAAUGGAUAAUAAUGAUGCUAGUCUGAGUUUUAAAUGUAUCCUUACUGAGCUUGGUGCAACGAUUAAGGAAAAAUGGAAUUGGACUGCUCCUUCAACCGAUAUGUUAAUAAGGAUGGAUAAUUCAAAUGGUUUUCAAAGCAUUGGUAUUACGCACGUAGUAUGGCGAUCUGGAAGCACCAAAAUUCUUGAAAAAGUUAAAGCAGCAAACAAUUACUUAGAAAAAAUUAACGAGUCUCGAAAAAUACAUUGUGUAGGAAUAAAUUGGAUCAUGAAAUGUGAAGAAGAAGAUAGACAUGUUGAUGAAACAAAUUAUCUAAUAAACUUGGAUCUGGAUACAUUUUCAUGCAAUAAAAGAACGCCCAUGGAACCUAGGACAUUAACACCUACAUUGCCCAAUUCGAUUAUGUUGCCAUCUGAAAAGAAGCCUUCUGUUCCUAAAACCGCACCGCCUAAACCAUUUACAGAACUUGAACGAUGCAGUUUAAUUGCUGCAAAAAAGAAAAUUGAUUUUCAUAAACCGAUUGUAUCCAGUCCUCUUGCAAGAAAAUGUUGGACUGUUUCUUCUGAGUAAUAUCAAUUAAUAUAUUAACAAAUCUAACAUAAUCUUUAAUACAAAA